CGCCGCAUUGGGCCCGGGGCCACGCCGGGCCGAGCGGGGCCCGCAGCCAUGGGCACGGUGCAGCAACGCCUGCAGCGCUUUCUCGACCGCCCCGGGCCGCUCGCCGACUUCCUGGGCCGCCUGGAGGCCCGCACCGGCGUCCGCCGGCUCUACCUGGCCACAGGUUCCCUGGCCUUCCUGGGGCUGUACCUGGUGUUCGGCUACGGUGCCUCACUGGUCUGCAACCUCAUUGGUUUCGCCUACCCCGCGUAUGUCUCCAUCAAAGCCAUCGAGAGCUCCAGCAAGGAGGAUGACACCACGUGGCUCACAUACUGGGUGGUGUACGGUGUCUUCAGCGUAGCCGAGUUCUUCUCCGACAUCUUCCUCUACUGGUUCCCCUUCUACUAUGCUGGGAAGUGCCUGUUCCUGGUGUGGUGCAUGGCCCCGGUGUCCUGGAACGGCUCGCAGGUGCUCUACCACAACGUCAUCCGGCCCUGCUUCCUCAAGCACCACCGUGCUGUAGACUCGGUGCUCGGCGACCUCAGCACCAAAGCACUGGAUGCAGCCUCUGCUGUCACCCGAGAAGCCUCCGGGGCCGCCGUGAAGCUGGUACAGGAAGCGAAGAGCAAAUGAGGCGCCGGGACAACACCGGCCUGGGCCUGGGCCUGGGCCCGGCCCCCGCUCCCCGGGCCUGUUCCCGUCUCGGGUCCCGCCCCCCAGUAAAGCCGCUCCCGAAUCAC